AUGCUUUAUUCUCCUAAUUCAAGCUUAUCCCCGAUUGACAAUGCCGUAUUACACCUAGCCGUAAACCGUGCAACCAAACAACAUACAACACUUCCGGCCCAGAAAAAGAACCACAACCAACUCCAUCACAACAACAAAUCACAUCUUUCUCCCGCUGGAAACCAUAAACCCUGCAACUGCCGAGUUUCCUACCCGCACCGUAGGAUGGACAGCGGCCGCCCCGAAGACCGACAGGUCCGCAGGCAAGACAUUUCGCUUGAAGCAGCAUGUAGAUCCGAUUAUGGUGUAUCUCGUGGUUAUGAUGGAAAAAGCAGUGUGGAACUGUACUGGGGCUAUGCAGAGGACGGUUUGUGGUCCGCUUACAAGCGAUGCGGUUGUGCGAUUACGUGGGCUGACGUGCAUGCUGCGUGA